AUGUUUGGCUUUUCCUUCGCGGACAAUUUGACAGUUACAGAUGAAGCCUGGUUCGACGUGCAAAUCUCUGAUCAUGAUUCUCCCGGCGAAGACUUCCAUGGCCGUUUUGUGAUUGCCCUUUUUGGAGACGUUGCUCCUAUGACUGUCAUGAAUUUUGCAGCCAUUACACGUGGAUACAAAAGAGGGAAUGAAAAUCUACAUUACAAAAAUACGUACAUUCAUCGAAUCGUUCCGGAUUUUGUGAUUCAAAUGGGUGACAUCACAACUGGCGAUGGCACUGGAGGUCGGAGUAUCUACGGGGAGAAAUUUAAUGAUGAAGACUUUAUCUUAAGUCAUAAAGCAGCGGGCUAUGUUUCUAUGGCAAACCAUGGCAAAGACACAAAUGGAUCACAAUUCUUCAUCCUUCUCAGCAAAGCAAGAUGGCUGGACGGCAAACAUGUGGUUUUCGGAAAAGUUAUUAAAGGAAUGGAUGUCAUCCAGCUCAUCGGCGAAAUUCCUUCCGAUCCCAAUACAGCCGUCCCCAAGAAGCAUGUUAAAAUUGUCGAUUGUGGCCUUAAUAAACUGGACAGAAAAUAUACACUGACCACUGAACAAGCGGCAAGUAAUCACGAUAUUAUAUAA